GGCAUGUGUUCGAAGGUAAACAGCUACCUCUCCGACCUUUCUCGUUUCCUCACUGCACGAAAUUUCACACUUUCCCCCAGCAAAUCCACAGCGACCAUAUUCAAAAACUGGACGAAGGAGUAUAGACUAGAGCUUAAUAUUGCAGUCGACGGCGUCAAAAUUCCGACUGUGAAUAAUCCUAAGAUUUUAGGCGUAACAUUCGACAGCCUAUGCUCCUUCUCUCCUCAUACCACCGCGAUUAUCGCCAAGGUACAGAGCCACAACAAAAUCCUCAAGUCGCUAGCCGGCAGCACAUGGGGAAAAGACAAAGAAACGUUGUUGGGAACAUAAUAGGCAAUCGGCCGGCUGGUCCUCAAUUACGCAGCACCCAUAUGGUCGCCUGGAUGCAGUGGCACGCAGAUGAGGAAACUUCAGACCUGUCAAAACACUGCACUCCGGACCACUACGGGAUGUCUUUUGAUGUCUCCCGUUGAACACCUCCACAGUGAGACGCUUAUGCUCCUAGUUAAGGAGCAUAAUGAACUCUUCUCCAGGCAAUUCCUACUGGGAUGCUUUCGCAGAAAUCAC